AGAGAGAGAGAGAGAGAGGGAGAGAGACAUGUUCAAUGACGAAUGAAAUACCUUCUCUUCCCUCACGCCUCCCUCCUCCCUCCUCCCUCCUCCCUCAUAGACAGUUCUAUAACGAGAAGUUGUCUUGUCUUGUCUUGUCUUGUCUUCUCUGCUUCCUUCUCUCUCAAUCGAUUUCUUCGUCUCGAUUCUCAUAGUACCUUUGUAAAAGAAUCAGGAAGGUGGAGCUGAGAUUUCUCAUUUCUCUGUCGAGUACGUGGAGCACAAUCCAUCCCUUUUUAGUCCAACCUUUUAUUUAAAAAAAGGAAAGAAAAAAACCUGAUUGGAUUCGAUACAGUGAAGAGAGUUCUCAUUUCUGGAGCUCCACGUUUUAGUGUUGAAAUUGUUGGUUGUUGGGAUUGUGUAAUUAGAUUUUAUCAAAUUUUCAUCCACAAAGUUGCAGAUGGCCGGUAAUGCGGCCUGUAAGCGUGGUAUGCUGUUGGGAUUAAAUUCAGGGAUUUGUUUCUCCAAUUUCAGAACAGGAUUCAAAGUCUCAAGUAGUCUAGAUCAGGUCUGCCUGGAAGCUUCCUUCCAUGGCUUAUCUGCUUCUUCAUCUUCGAGUUUGCGAUUCAAUAGAUUCUAUUGUAGUCAGAUAUCACAGCUUGUUAAAUCCAAUGGCUCCCAGGCCUUUCUUGUGGAUACGCUUGCGCUGGUUAGGAGAUUGGAAGCACAAGGUGUGCAAUCAAAACAUGCUGAGGCAAUGACAGCGGCCAUUAUUGAAGUUUUGAAUGAUAGCUUGGAAAAUGUUGCUCAGUCUUUUGUCUCCAAAGCAGAGAUGGAGAAAGCAAACCACAUAAGGUCUGACUUCCAAUUUCUCUGUUUAUUCAUGUAGUCGGUGAUGCUUCAAGAAUCUAAUUUGUCAAAAUUUAAAUCCCAAGUAGAGAGUUCCCAGG